AUGUGGGACGAGAUCUCACCUUCAGCAUCGCCUCGAGUCGAACACAUUCUUCCUGUCAUACUGCUAGUCAUUAUUUUCACUAUUUUCUUCAUUGCCUGCUUAUUUGAAUGGUGGAGAGAAAGCCAUGCAGUGGACUUCUCUAUACCACCGCCGUCACUGACAUCGCACCACAUUACUGUAACGGAUGGAAAAACGGGUGAAGAAAAGGUGCUUGCUCAGGAAUGA